AUGAUACAUACUUCCUUCAGUCAAUACCUUCAUUUGACAGUUCUCACUGAAGUUAUUCUAACACUUAAUCAAGGAGACCCAGGAGGGAUCACUCUAGUAACAGACGUCUCGCAUUCCAACUGGCUGGACAAGAGUGGGCAUUUGUUUCUCCGUAAACUCAGGAGAGACUCACUCGGGAACGAUGAGCUGACUUACUUGCACCAAAAAGGUGUAUUUUCGUUACCCCACAAAUCAGUUUCAGAUGUCUUAAUCCGCAUAUACUUCCAUCACGUCCACCCAUUCUUUCCUAUCCUCAACGCCAAAACGUUCCUGGCUGCAUAUGAAGAUGGGGCUUAUGACCGUAUCGGAAUCCAUCUUCUCUGGUCCGUUUUUCUUGCAGCUUCGCUUUUUGUGAAAGAAGAGACCCUUCGUGAUGCCGGUUUUGCAAGCCGAAAGGACAUGAAACGGGCCAUGUACCAAAAAGCCAAAGCCCUCUACGACAUGCAAUAUGAAAAGAGUAAAACCACGCUCAUUCAGGCCGUGUUGCUCAUGGGAUUCUGGUAUUCUGACACGCAAGAUCGGACUGGGCCCCUGCACUGGAUCGGUGUUGCCAUAAGCCUUUGUCAGUCAGCCGGUCUGCAUCGCAAGUCCAGUCUUGGCACAAACCAGCACAAUACCGACACUGAGAUUUUGUGGCGCCAGCUGUGGUGGGCAUGUGUAUACCGUGACGCGUGGUACGCUGUCGGCCAGGGGAAACCAAUGCGGAUAGCCAUUGCUGAUUGCAACACUGAGAUGCCAUCAGUCAAGGACUGCGAGCACAUGUAUGAUGGCGUUGAAGAGACUCUUCGGGCAAAGUAUUUGCCAGACCACAUGGAUCUCCUGUCACAACUUUGGGUCGAUCUACUUAAACUCACAGUUGUUCUGAUCCAGAUUACCAUCACCAUGCAAAGAGACGGAAACCCUGGAGACUCACGUGCGUUGGAACAAAAAGAGGAAGAAAUUCUCGCAUGUCGCCAGAAUUGUAUUGCACUGAUGAACAAUACCGAUCGACUCGCACAAAUUCACGUGCAUCACGUCGAGUUGUAUUGCAACUCCACGCUACUAGUGCUCUAUCGACCCCAUAUCCUCCAGGCCAAUGCAAAAAGGUCCAGGGAAAUCGCAACGCCAUUCGAUUCCUUCAUAGAACAAAGAGCACAAACGGCCGCUGCCAGGAUCAACGGCAUUCUUGCGCAGCUCAUCGCCUCUGAUGCAGUCGACGUCUGCCAAGGCAUCAUUUGCAUGGCCUUGAUACCGCCAAUGCAAAUACACAUGUUGAACCACUUGUCCAAGGACCCUCUUGUGCGACAACUGCAUCACCAUCAGCUCGAGAUCUGUAUGGUGGUUAUGAAGGAGCUAAAGAAGACGUAUUUUGGCGCUGAGAUCAUAUACAAGAUCUUCGAGAAUGCAAAAGCACAGAUCCAGUCACAGGCACUGACCCUCGAGACGCACGCGGGUGAUACACAAAGCUUGGCACAAGGUUCAGGCCACAUCCAAGGCGUCAUGCCGGGCCCAAGCAAUACUUCCAAUGACCAUGCUGACCAGCCAGAUGAUGUAUCAGCGGUUUUGCAAAGUUUGAUGAGACAGCAUGAUUACUUUGACAUUGAGGAGCUAGACUUUCUGAACUUCCCAGCCACCAGUGAAAUUGAGUAA